AUGUCUGCUACUGACACCCCCUCUGGCAAGCUGGAACAGGUGGACCUCGUCAACGCCAAUAUCCUGGCCGCAGGCGCCAACAAAAAGUCCGUGCGCGUCGUCAACGGUCUCGGCAGUCUCAUGGGCUCCAAAAACAUGGUCCAGGUGGACUUCAAAGCCGCCGAGGCACAGGCCCAGGCCGGCGCCAACGACUCCAACAUGGAAUACCUCCUCCAGCGCGACCAAGAGGAAAAAGACCGCUACCGCGCCAACCGCCACAUCUCGGAACAGCCCUGGACCCUCAACAACUGGCACCAGCAUCUCAACUGGCUCAACAUGGUGCUCGUGUGCGUGAUCCCCGCCAUCGGGUGGUACUUCGCCCUCUCGGGCCGCGUGCCCCUCAAGACCAACACCCUGCUGCUCUCACUCGUCUACUACGUUUUGGGUGGUGUCUCCAUCACCGCCGGGUACCAUCGUCUGUGGGCCCACCGUGCCUACUCGGCCCGCUGGCCCCUACGACUGUUCUUUGCCUUUUUCGGCGCCGCCUCCGUCGAGGGCUCCAUCAAGUGGUGGGGCCACUCGCACCGUAUCCACCAUCGUUACACCGACACCUCGCGCGACCCCUACGACGCCCGCAAGGGUCUGUGGUACUCCCACAUGGGCUGGAUGUUGCUGCAACCAAACCCCAAGUACCGUGCCCGCGCCGACAUUGACGACUUGACCGCCGACUGGAUCGUCCGGUUCCAGCACAGACACUACAUCCCCAUCAUGUUUCUCAGUGCCUUUGUCUUGCCCGCUUUGCUCGGUAAAUACCUUUUCAACGACUUGGCCGGUGGGUUCGUGUACGCCGGUGUGUUGCGUGCCUUCUGCAUCCAACAAGCCACUUUCUGCAUCAACUCCUUGGCCCACUACCUCGGUGACCAACCUUUCGACGACAGAAGAACCCCUCGUGACAACUGGAUCACCGCUCUUGUCACUUUUGGUGAAGGUUACCACAAUUUCCACCACGAAUUCCCAACUGACUACAGAAACGCUAUCAAAUGGUACCAAUACGACCCUACCAAGGUUUUCAUCUACAUGUCCUCGCUCGUUGGUUUGGCUUUCAACCUCAAGAAGUUUUCUCAAAACGCUAUCCAACAAGGUAUCGUACAACAACAACAAAAACGUAUCGAUCGUCAAAGAUCCACGCUCAACUGGGGUACUCCUCUCACCAAGCUCCCCGUAUGGGACAAAUCCGAAUUCAUGGACAAGAUCAAGUCCAACCCUGGCUUGGUGGUUAUUUCCGGUAUUGUCCAUGACGUUUCCGGCUACAUCACCGAGCAUCCAGGUGGUGAGACUUUGAUCCAAGCCGCUUUAAGCAAAGAUGCCACACGCGCUUUCAACGGAGGUGUGUAUUUGCAUUCCAACGCUGCUCACAACGUUUUGGCCACCAUGAGAGUUGCUGUGGUUAAGGAAGGUGUUGAUGCUGCUGCCAAAUUUGCCGCUAGAAGAGGUGAAUCUGUUGAGGGCAAGAAAUUAGUGUAA